AUGCAGCCAUACAACAAAUACUCAUUUGAGGAGCUACGUCUGGGUGACUAUCAACAAGGCCGAAGAUUUGGGAACGGGAGCGGGCAGGCCGGUGCUUUUGGUACGUCAGCAUUCGGCGGAAGCGGCUUUGGUCAACAACAACAACAACAACAGUCGACUGGGUUUGGAAGCACAUCUUCCCCCUUCGGUGGCACCAGCGCCCCUGCCUUCGGCCAGACACAGACCCAAACCGCUGGUGGGUUUGGCUCCACCACUAGCAACCCCUUGUUCGGAUCGAAUAAACCGGCGACCUCUUUAUUUGGAGGAGGAGCCACUUCAACGGGAACGUCGCAGCCCAGCUUAUUCGGUGGGGCCACCGCGACUUCCGGCGGCUUUGGUAACACAGCCAACACCGGAACUGGCUUUGGAACUGGUGGAUCCGGUGGUCUCUUUGGCAACAACAACAAUAAUCAACAGCAACAACAAAACAAGUCCUUGUUUGGCGGAGGCGGUACGUCUACCGGGACAGGCUUUGGAGGCUUUGGACAGCAGAACACCAGUGCGUCUACGCCAUUUGGUGGUACUGCAGCUACCUCGUCCCCGUUCGGCGGCGGUCAGCAGCAGCAGCAGCAGCAGCAGCAGCAGGCUGGGGGAAGCGCAUUCGGUGGGUUUGGUCAACAGAACCAGCAGAACCAGGCUCAGACUCAGAACAAAGGGCUGUUUGGCGGUUUCGGACAAAGCAACCAACAGCAACAGUCCUCGACACCUGGCCUGUUUGGAGGUGGCGGUGCUACUACGGGGGGCUCUUCUCUCUUUGGCCAGAAUAAUCAGCAGCCAGCGACUGGCGGUUCCCUGUUCGGAGGUGGGAAUCAGCAAUCCGGAACUGGAUCACUAUUCGGCGGAGGGGCUCAGCAGCAAGGCCAAAAGAGUAGCCUAUUUGGGUCUGGCACCACUGGUACACCAACCGCAACCAAUACGUUCGGAGGCUUUGGUAAUACUCAGAAUCAGCAGGCCGGAACUGGUGGCCUGUUCAAUGGACAGAAUCAGCAACAGCAGAAGCCCAGCCUUUUCGGUGGGAGCACCGGCACCGGCAGUUCCUUGUUUGGAGGCGGUGCUGCAGCCACUCCGAACACAGGCUCCUCGCUUUUUGGUAACACACAAAACCAGCAGCAGCCGCAGACUGGGGGUCUCGGAAUGGGUACAUCCAGCCUCUUCGGUAGCACGCAGCAAACGCAAACUCAACAGCAGCAGCCUCAACAGCCGGUGCCUGGUAGCCUGCAGGCCUCCCUCCUGGACCCAAACCCAUACGGAAACCAAUCCAUCUUCUCUGGUCUGCCCGCUCCCAGUGCUUCUAGCCCUGGUCCGUUGGCGACGCCGCUUGCUUCAUCUAUCAAGCAAAAACAGCGCACCCCAUUGCCAGUUUACAAGAUUACACCCAACGCAGCUAACCGUCUCGUCACACCGCCAAAACGCCAAGGGUACGGGUUCUCUUAUUCGACCUACGGGUCACCUUCUAGCUCUACUGCUACUCCUAGCGGGCUCGGUAAUAGUCUUCUGGGCGGCAGCCUGCGUGGAAGCGUCAAUGGUGGACUUGGGCGCGCUAGCUUCAGCAAGAGCUUUUCUACGAGCAACCUUCGUAAAACCUUUGACCCGGAGGCUGACAGCGUGUUGUCUCCAGGAGCACUUUCCUCUGGCUCCUCUCGUCUGUCCAGCGGUAGCCUGAAGCGCCUUACCAUUGACCGCAGUCUGCGGAACGAUCUAUUCUCACGGCCCGCCAGUACACCUGCCGCUGCGAUCACGAAUGGUGAGGAUUCUGCCCAACCGACGGAUAAAGCCAAGAAGAAGGUCAGCUUUGAAUCUACCUCGGAUGCUACCACAGGAGGUGAAAUUGUGCCGGUACAGUCUCAAACCUCCGAGCCCACGCCAGAAGAGCUAGGCUUCCUCCGCUCAAUUCGCAAGAGCAAUACCGUCAACGGGCUCAAUGGGAUUAAAGAAAAUGGCAUUCGGCCCGAGAUGGAAUCUGUCCGUGACAAGGAUCUUCCGGCUGUCCCUGAAGACUCUGAGCAGACAGCAGUCACGGAUGGCCAAUCACGACUGGCUUCCAUGGGCCGUGACCAGCUCAAGCAUGUCGUGGGCUUCACAGUCGGUCGCCAACAUUGUGGUCAAGUGACAUUUGAUGAACCCGUUGACUUGACGAACAUUGAUCUGGAUCAAGUCUUCGGAGGUCUUGUUGACAUCGGCGUGCGGAAAAUUACAGUGUAUCCAGAUGAAGCAAUCAAACCCCCUAGGGGCAAAGGGCUGAAUGUCCCAUCUAUCCUUCGAAUCGAAAAUUCCUGGCCGCGAGGAAGAGACAAGAAGUCCCCAUCACCUCUCACCAGCGGGCCUCUUUUUGAAAAACACGUCGAUCGCCUGAGGAAGGUACACAACACUGAUUUUAUCGAUUACGAAACGGAAACGGGGACAUGGGUUUUCAAGGUGCCGCAUUAUACUACAUAUGGCCUUGAUUAUGAUAGCGAUGAUGAUGAAGGUGAGAGCCUCAACCAAAGCACUUUGAGUGCUGCUCCUGACACACCGACUCCGAAGGCUCAUACCCCCACCAAUCUCGAUAAUACCGUGGCCUCAGAGCAGAUGUCCACCUUCUCGACAGAUGAUUCUUUUCUCGGUUCGGUGGCUGGUAUUGACGAUGACACAUUCGAUUUCAAAAAGCGUAAAUUAGUCCCAGGGUCGUUUGGUAGCCAAGCAAUGGAAACAAUGGAGGAUGAACACUCGAAUUCCGGCGAAGAUGAAGAGUCUUUUUUAGGGGAAGGCUCCACGGGUUCAACUACUGAGCAAGAAGGUGACGAUGUCACUGAAAGCCAGCAGUCUGGCGAAUCAGAAGUUGAAUUAGAUGAGGACGAGGAAAUGGACAUGGCGGGCACCUUUCCCUCACUUCAUCAUACCGUGGAGCGCGAUGAUACCAAAAGCAUCGUCAGCUUAAACGAAAACACACAGCCAUCUUUAAAACCAUGGAGUACGCCACCCAAGGCUCGUCUUGAUCUUAGCGGUGACUGGGCUGCGCAGCUCCAACGAACCAUUAGUCCCAGGAAGCAGGACCGCGACGCACUGCGUGAAAUCCAGGCAAAUGCCUUCACGGACAGGCCUCUCCACGAUGAUGACACCCAAGAGCCUGUUGCGGAAACUCAGCAAAAAGGUUUCGCAACUAGUAUCGAUCUAAUGAACUCUUUGUUUCAACAACCGCGGAAGCAGCAGACACAGUCUCCUUUGAAGGCACGCAAUGCGCAGCCUAGAGGUUUCGAGUGGCCGUACAACAAAAAGCCAAAGACCUUCGCUGGCGAUUCUAAUGAACUGAGUCAAGACGACCUUGCUUUUCACCACUCGUUCAAGCCGCGGUGGGGCCCAGCGGACUCGAUAAUAUGUGUCAAGAACGGAAUGGAGAGCACCCAUUCCACGGAUGGCCGUUGGGAGCAAAAGUUUUCUAUUACGAGCGAGGAGAGGGACAUCACUCUGCUGGCUUCCAGUAAGUCUCCAGAGUCGAAUGUUAUGCUCGAUGCGCAGAAGAAGCAGACUACAAUAAGCCGCGUUGAUGACGUUCCUCUGGCCCGAUUGACCAAGGCUGAUUUCCAGCAAUUCGCACAGACAUCCUCCAGCUUGGCGGAUUCUGACCAAGAGCGACUACUGUGGCAGUUGACCAACAUUCUGUUCAAUGACGAAAUUGAAGAUGACAUCUCUGUCGGCGUACCACCCCAGCUUCGGUCAAAGUUCAUUCACCGCAUCAAGAAGGAUCGCUUUAGUCGACUGUGGGAAGGCAUUGUUAGAGAAAGGCACGCACAUACACUGGGCAAAGCCAAUUCAGCCGAGGAACAGGCUAUCUACUUGCUUUGUUCGCAUCGGGUUGAGGAGGCGUGCAAUGUCUUGAUAGCAAGUCAAAAUCUUCAUCUAGCUACCCUUAUCGCGCAAAUUGGUCGAGACCCCACGAGCCGUGCAGACAUGGCGAAACAAAUCGAGAUGUGGCGGCAGCAUAACGUUUAUUCGGAAAUGACCGAACCUAUUCGAGCUCUAUACGAACUUCUGGCAGGCAACGCCCUCCGCAGUGAAGGUAAAUCAGGCGGCGCACUGGAGGAUCGUGCUUCUACGUUCACUCUCACUGAACGUUUUGAACUCGAUUGGAUCCAGGCAUUUGGUCUGCGUCUGUGGUACGGAAUCACCGAUGAUGAACCUAUUGAGGCCGCGGUUUCAAAAUUCCUCAACGAUCUUAGUACCGGUAAUGAGCCCGCUUUCCCACAUCCAUUCCGUUCGGAGAGUGCCCGGGAAUUAUCGCAUUCGGCAUCCGACGCACUUGGUCUAGAGUCCCCUUUGUGGGUUCUGCUUAAGCUUUACUCAAUGACUCUUGGAGUAGCUAAAGAUAUUCCAGCAAUGGAAUUCCCUGCUGCUCUGCUCCCGGAGUCCGUGAGCGGAGAUAAACUGUCGAGCCGACUCUCCUUCCAGCUGUAUCAGCUCCUUGCCACUGCUGUUGGUCAACACGACGGCUUUCAGAUUGAUACUUUCCACGUGGAUCAAAUGGUAUGUGACUAUGCCUGGGAGCUCAGCCGUAGUGACCAGCUCGACCGGGCUUUAUUCGUUUUACUCCACCUUUCACGACCUGAAGAUCGUGAGCGUGCCAUGAAAGAAGCCCUAGCGAGAUUCGCUUCGCGGCUGCCCGACCAGACCACUCCUGAGGGAGUCCCAGAUACUACCUGGCACUAUCUUACUACAGACCUGCAGAUCCCCGAAGGCUGGAUCUGGGUUGCCAAGGCACUUUACGCUCGGGAUAUUGGAGAUGCCGCCCGCGAGGUGGACUGCCUUAUCCGUGGCAAGAAUUGGGAUGAUGCGCAUGCUACUUUCUGCCGCAUUGUCGGACCAACCGCCGUUAUCGAACGUGACUACGCAACGUUGGAAACCUUGGUGUCAGGCUUCGGCGAGGCCCCCGAGCGAAAGGUCAGAGGAUGGACCAGUGGCGGCGGUGUAUACGAGGACUUCCUGCGCUUAGCGACAGCAAAGAGCGGCAAGCGGGAUGCCACCAGGUUGAAUCGCUUGGUGAAUGCGCUGGUUGCGAUGGGCAAUCAGAUCAGCCAAAGAUCGGGUGUCGAAGGAUUGGAAGAACGUGUGGCUUUCAAGGAAAUGAGCCGGGCGAUUGCUAGCUGGACGGCACACGAAGAUACCAAGGUGGUCGAGUUCUCUAGUGUGCUCAGUUUGCCUUUGACUGGCGAUGCGCGAAUCAUGCAGACCGCCGAAAUGAGUCGACGGUAUUACGGUAUCAUCAUGCGGGUGCCUAUUAAGCGUCUUUAUUUUUCGUUUUUGCUACGUUUCUUUGGUGUCAUCCCUGUAACCUAG